ACUGAGGGCUCAUCUCGUGCCAAUAAAUAUCAGCUCAUUACCGCACUACCCUCUCACUACUCUAUUUUUCAUCGCAAUCGUAAAUCUUGUAGAUCUUCAAUUCAAUUCAACAGAAAUGGCUAAAGAUCCAGUUCGUGUUCUUGUUACUGGUGCCGCAGGACAAAUUGGAUAUGCCUUGGUGCCGAUGAUUGCCAGGGGGGUGAUGUUGGGUACAGAUCAGCCUGUAAUUCUCCACAUGUUGGAUAUUCCACCUGCUGCAGAGGCACUGAAUGGAGUGAAGAUGGAAUUGGUGGAUGCUGCCUUCCCUCUUCUUAAGGGUGUUGUUGCCACAACUGAUGCUGUUGAGGCAUGCACUGGUGUUAAUGUUGCUGUCAUGGUUGGAGGUUUCCCCAGGAAAGAAGGCAUGGAAAGAAAAGAUGUCAUGACAAAGAAUGUUUCUAUUUACAAGUCCCAGGCUUCUGCUCUCGAGAAGCAUGCUGCUCCCAACUGCAAGGUGUUGGUUGUUGCUAACCCUGCCAAUACAAAUGCAUUGAUCUUGAAAGAAUUUGCACCAUCCAUUCCUGAGAAGAACAUUACCUGUCUCACAAGGUUGGACCAUAACAGGGCCCUUGGCCAAGUCUCAGAGAGACUGAGUGUCCAAGUGAGUGAUGUUAAAAAUGUCAUCAUUUGGGGAAACCACUCAUCAACACAGUAUCCUGAUGUCAACCAUGCAACAGUUAAGACACCAGCUGGAGAUAAGCCAGUCCGUGAACUUGUGGGUGAUGAUGCAUGGUUGAACGGAGAGUUCAUUGCUACCGUACAGCAGAGGGGUGCUGCCAUUAUCAAGGCUAGAAAGCUUUCUAGUGCCCUUUCCGCUGCUAGUUCUGCUUGUGAUCACAUACGUGACUGGGUCCUUGGAACUCCAGAGGGAACUUUUGUUUCUAUGGGUGUUUACUCUGAUGGGUCAUACAAUGUCCCAGCUGGGCUUAUCUAUUCCUUCCCAGUUACAUGCAAAAAUGGAGAAUGGUCCAUUGUUCAAGGUCUUCCAAUUGAUGAGUUCUCAAGAAAGAAGUUGGACUUGACAGCUGAGGAACUAUCAGAGGAAAAAGCAUUGGCAUACUCCUGCCUUAAUUAAAUUGCCUUUUCAACAUAAUGAGUAUUUGGCAAUAGAAGUGGCUUCAGUUUUGAAUAAGGCCAUUUGAAUACUGCUUCCUCAGUUGUUUGCUCUUUAUUGUACCCUGUUUUAUGCAAUGUUCGAGAACUGAUGUAUUUUGCUAAUAAUUAGCAUCUUUUGUUGGUCCUUGGAUGAUAAUUUUCCAUCAUGAGUGAGCUUUUGUUCUUGCCCACCAA